AUGAGCUCUUCCUCAUCUCUCGCUCCUAACAAGAUACAUUCUCUUCCUGUUCGCGUAUCAUACUAUCUUCCUUCAACCUCACAGACGUUCAGUACCCUCUUCGCGACUCCUCAACAGGUCUACGUGCAUCCUAACACAGCAGCAGCAUCUACUCAGAAUGGUCAGGAGGAAGCAUGGGGUUCGAUAUACCUCAAGACUGUCGUAUCGGGUGUACUAAUGGCUAGUCCCGAGCUUCACCCUGCCUAUCCCAACACACCUGAUCUAUCUCUCUACGUACUCGAUCCUCGAGAAACAUACUUGCGACGAUCUCGAGCUGGCUCUUCAUCUUUCAACCACGAGGUAUGGACAGGGAAGGGUCUGGUCUCAUGGGCACUCGACGAACCAGGACAAGGAAAGAAUCUCAUCACUGGAAGAUUGAUACGUUCGGUCGAUUUUGCGACCCUCACCAAGCAACAGGAGAUGAACCCCCUCGAAGCACUGAUGAUGGCUGACAUGGCCGGUACAUCCACACACGAAGAAUGGGGUAUUGAAAUUUCAGUCGGUCUCAAAUCUGGUAUUUCGGGAUUCACUUCUUCGUCUCACCCUCAAGUCUCAAGUGCGAUGUCUAUCGAUGGUAGACCAGACGCUAUGAGAAGAUCAUCUACAAGUUCCUCAACCGAAACUCACGUUUCUGUCAACGGCAGUCACUUCCAGAGACCUCAACAUCCUUUACCUAAAAGACAUGAACAACCUCGUCGACCCCAAUUACCCACUCCUGUUCAUGCUCAUCAACCGCUUACUCCUUCGCGUGUUAUCAGUGCGAGUAGGAGCACAUCUAGCAGACCUGGUGACAUCAAGCACCCCAAAUCGUCUGGAUCGGUUUCAGGAUCAGCCGCAAAGAAACAACGUAGAGGAAAAACCUCAACCACCAGUGCCAAUUCGUCGCGUAACUCGUUGGGUACGAUUGAUCCUAAUUCGGACCCACUCAAGAGGCGUCAUCAACCAAUGUCGCAAUCAUCUUCUCAGAUCAAACAAUCUCCUGCACCUUCUUCCGAUACGGUCGAACCUUUCCCUACAGAUAUCCCAGCGGGCUUAUUCGCCAAACCUGAAUCGCUCACUAGAGAACAAGCUCAAAGAUUAUUGGCUUCUCCGGCUUUCCUGAGUAUGCUCGAAAAGCUUACUGGAGCGCCCAUUGACGCCGCUGCAGCUGCGAAACGAGCGAGAGAAGAUGAAGAUCACCCCUCGGCCGAAUCAAAUAAUAAGAAACCCCGACUUUCACACGGACAUUCACGCAAAGGAUCGACGGACUCUUCCGGUGAACCUUCUCAUAAUGCCUUUGUGUGUUGGAACUGUGGUAGAACUAAAUCUGCGGUAUGGAGGACAAAGGUCAUGGAAGAUGGCAAAUCCGUCAGGGUUUGCAAUGCGUGCGGUCUUUAUUGGAAUAAGAUGGGUUCAAUGAGACCACCUACUUUAUGGGGAGAUGUGGAUGAUGAUCCCAAAGAUCGACCUAGAAAAGAUAAGAAAGGGCCCGCAUCCUCAGCAACACGUCAAUCAUCUCAAGCACCUACCUCCGAACCUGAUAUCCCAGCGUUACGAAUUGAUAAACCAACCACUCGAUCUAACAACGAGCAUGGAUUCAAACGAACUCUAUCAUCGGUAGUGGAGGAAGAUGCUAAGCGAAUUGCCACUCAUGCUCAACUACGAAAAUCUAUGCCCAAAUCAAACUUGCAUCAUACCCACACUACCAAACCACUCCCGAUGUCUUCACCUCCAAGAGGAUCCACUUCUGCUACGAAAUCUCUGAGAAACUCGAAGUGGAACGAUCAAAUUGCUGCUUCCUCCCCUAUCAGAUGGGACAAUCAGAAUAAAAACCAGGUUCACAAAUCAGACAACUUCCAUACCGAUCCGACUGAAUCGCCCGCCACAACCUUACGCAAAGCUCAUGCCCAGUCAACCACAAACACGCAGACUUUAGAUAUGCCUUUGAGUGAUGAUGGACCUGGACCAUCCGAAAAUAAGCCGCUAGUGAAUCACCAAAACCAAAAUCAACAACAACAGAUCAAUUGGGGAACAGACCUUUCUGCUUUCUUUGAUGUUGAAGGAUUUUCAAUGCCACCUCAACCUCAAUCUGCACAUGGACACGAGAUUCAACGAUCGAUCUCUGAUCAAGGUAAACAGAUGAGAAAACAAGUCGUCCAACCAUCCUCGUCGACAGGAACGGAGGAAGAUGAUGUUUUGUCUCAACUGUUUAACCGAACGUCUUCAGUCGGAUUAUCAGCUUCAGCAUCUUCACCAUUUGAUUUCUCGGCAUUACCACCUUCUUCACCACCCAUCUCUUCAUCGGAUUCUCUCCCUCAUUCGGCCCUUUUGUUGAGUAGUCCCGAUAACUCACCUUUGAAUGAUUGUUCACCUAUGGAGAAUAAACAUUCUACCACGCCUGGCAAGAGCAGACUGAGACAUUCUGUAUCUGCUCAUCAAAUACAAUCUCAGCAUCAACCCAUGGGUGAAGGUGUUGGUGGAUUGGACUUUGAAGAUAUCCAAAGGAUGUUGAACAACAUUGGGAAUGGUAAUGGGAACAACAACAAUUCACCACAUGAACAACAAAAUGAUGGACAGGGAAAUGGAUAUGAUAUGUUACAAGAGAUUUUUGGGAAAUUACAUGACACUCAACAUCAGCAACAUACAACGAGUAGUAGUGUUGGACAAACCGAGGAGAUCAUUGGUGGAUUCCAUGCCCACGGUCAUACCAAUGGUGAAGAUAUUUUCGCGAUGUUGGAAGGUAAUGCUUUCGCUUCGACCUAG